UUGAUCGAACAAGUGAGUUGAAAAUUACGUAGGUGAACUACUUCUUUAACUAGCAUCGUAACAUUAAUGUGUGUAACAGGUGUCUCUUCUUAUAUUUCAUGAUAUCUUCUUUAUUACAGGUAAAAAAUGUCUUUGCUGGUGAUAGUGCACAUCGCUUACCUGAUCAUACCUACAGCUGCCAUUUGCAGUGAAGACCAACACUGCCGAGACUGUGACAGCGACACUGGCAGUUGUCGGACCGAGUGUGACAGUGGUUAUUUCGACCUGAAAUGUAAGACUCCUUGUAGCAGCAACUGUAGAAAUAGGAAAUGUAAAUCCUUGAGCGGUGGCACAGAAGUAUGCACAGACGGUUGUGUCCCAGGUUAUCAGGGCGAGAGGUGCAACAUACCAUGUGACAGUCCAGGAGGUAACUGUACAGCUUGUGUUGGCGGUUGUGAUGGAACAUUUUGCGAGGUGAGUUCAACCUGUGUGUCAGGAUGCAGUGGUUCCUACUAUGGCUCUGACUGUAAGCAUUGUUCAAGUAGAUGUAAGACGUGCAAUGGCUAUACAGGGAUGUGUGAGGAGUGUUUUCCACAAUAUUUUGGGACGAACUGCGAGUAUUUAUGUGAACACUGUAGGGACACGUGUCAAUUCGGAUGUCUGCGUGGCUGUAUACCUGGGUUUUAUGGUGCUGCCUGUGAGAAGGAAUGCAGUACAAACUGUGGAUAUAGUCCAGUGAUGCUGGACAAUAUCACUGCAGAUACACGACCUGUACUUAAUGACACAGUGGAAUGCAAUCAGUACAGUGGUGAUUGUCUUCAUGGAUGUGUAGAUGGCUGGCUUGGGUCACAGUGCUCCUCACGGUGUAAUAUUAACUGUAGGAAUGGGAGAUGCAAAGAUACAGGCGACUGUGUAGAUGGGUGUGUGGAUGGCUGGUUUGGUCCACACUGCUCCUCACAGUGUAACGGUAACUGUAGGAAUGGGAGAUGCAAAGAUACAGGCGACUGUGUAGAUGGGUGUGCAUCUCAUCAUUUUGGAAGAAACUGUAUACCAUGCCCUGACAACUGUAUCAACCACACAUGUCAUACAAGCUAUGGAACUUGUGUUCAUGGAUGUACUACUGGAUUCUAUGGACAAUCGUGUAAUAACACGUGUGAUUUCUGUCUUGGUGGAGAGUGUGACCAGAUGACAGGAAUGUGUUUCAAAGGCUGCAACACAACCGGACACAAAUGCACACCUAUCUGCAGGAACAACUGCACUGUGGACGAUUGCCGGUCAUGUCAGGAUGAGAAUGGGAUGAACACGGCAUUCGGACUGUGGACGGGGCUUACAGCUGUAGUCAUUGUGAUUGUGAUGCUAGCAUGCCUGUGUUCCAUCAAACGUUGGAGAACUAAAAGAGCUCAACAAUCGGCAACUGUUCAACCCAACGACGAAGGCGUUCAGGGUGAUAUAUAUUCUGUAGAAUACCAGGCCAUCAACAGAUAUUGGCAGAUCAGAGAUGAAGAUAUAGGCACAUCCUGUGUGCCACCAGCUAUGAAGCAAGAGGAAUGUGGGCAAAGACUCUCCAUGCCAGUGUUGGCAGAAUGUUUUUCUACAACAGGUGGUGGAACAUACAGUGAUGCUUCCGAGAGUUCUGCUGGAGACACACAGUCCUACACUCAUAUAUCACAGGAUGUUGCAGGCAGUGGUGCAACCCAGAGUUCUGCAGGUGACACACAGUCCUACACUCAUAUAUCACAGGAUGUUGCAGGCAGUGGUGUAAUCCAGCGUUCUGCCGGAGAUAACCAGCCCUCCACUCAUAUAUCACAGGAUGUUGCAGACAGUGGUGCAACCCAGCGUUCUGCCGGAGAUAACCAGCCCUCCACUCAUAUAUCACAGGAUGUUGCAGACAGUGGUGCAACCCAGAGUUCUGCUGGAGACACACAGUCCUACACUUAUAUGUCACAGGAUGUUGCAGACAGUGGUGCAACCCAGCGUUCUGCCGGAGAUAACCAGCCCUCCACUCAUAUAUCACAGGAUGUUGCAGGCAGUGGUGCAACCCAGCGUUCUGCCGGAGAUAACCAGCCCUCCACUCAUAUAUCACAGGAUGUUGCAGGCAGUGGUGCAACCCAGCGUUCUGCCGGAGAUAACCAGUCCUCCACUCAUAUGCCACAGAAUGUUUCAGACGGCGAAUCAUCCCAGAGUUCUGCCGGAGAUGCCCGUUCCUACACGCAUAUGUCACGGGCCAUGGCAGAUUCUGAUUCGUCCCACAGUUCUGCAAGUGAUGCUCAGUCCUACACCCGACUCUUGCGUGAUGUUUUUGUUGAUGAUCCCAAGACAGUUGUGAGCUAUAUAUCACCCGUUCAUAAAUAAAUACAUAUGUAUUUUGUAA